AUGGUCAACGUCAGUGGAACUCAACAUGUGGUGAAUGCAGCAAGAGAGUAUGGAUGUAGGGCACUGGUCUACACAAGCAGCUGCACUGUCGUAACCGAUGAUCUCAACGGAAAAUUUCCGAACAUCGAUGAACGAUGGCCAGUGUCGAAAAGCUCAUCCAUCUACGGCGAGAGCAAAGCGGAAGCCGAGCAGAUUGUUCUCAGUGCGAACAACACGCCGAUGACUGAUAAACUGGAUCAGGACGAGAAAUUUGGUAAUCAUGACCAUGACCAUGACCACGACCCUGAUUUCCUUCUGGAACAUUCGAUGUCCACCUGUGUUCUCAGACCCUCGGUGAUUUUUGGAGAGGGGGACAGUCAGCUCAUACCCUCAAUUCACGCCUGUAUCGAGAAGGGGGAAACUCGUUACAGACUCGGUGACGGGCACAACAUGUGGGACACUGUGUACGUUGGCAAUGUGGCUGACGCACACGUACUUGCCGUUGAAAACCUGUUGUGGUAUUAUCAGCCAAGAUUGGACAUGAGCAAUCCUGGAGUCGACAAUUUGGGGGAUGGUAGUAUUGAAAGCGGGAGAGCGGCUGGCGAGACGUUUUUCAUACAAAACAACGAACCCAUUCCGUUCCGAGACUUCAGCCUCGCGGUUUGGAAGGAGUUUGGGCACAUUCCAACAGGGAUGGAGAUUCCCAUCCCAGAAGGAUUAGGGUGGGUACUGGGCUUCCUCGCGGAAGCCUUCACGCGAGCCUCCGGCCAAGCGACGACCCUGUGCCGCGGAAGCGUAAGAGACGCUUGUGCGAUGCGGUAUGCCUCUGGUGACAAGGCUCGAAAGAUACUCGGCUAUCGCCCUCGAAUAGGGCUGGAAGCGGGCCUCAGAAAAAGUUGUCGGGUGAGUCGUCCCCUUGUUGUAAUCUUAGCGGAGCAGCGCAACGGGUGA